UUCAUCGAUGUGCCAACUUCCAAAGAAGCAAAUUUCCUGACUGUGGAGGCACGAUUUGGUGAAGUCGUUGUUUGUAAUUCGAUAUCAGCAUGGGUGAGUUUUCAAAAUGGAUCAUUUUUGCACGUGACAGCCAGUGAAACCAAUGUCAAGGUUGGGAGCCCAGUUUCCUUCACAUUAAAAAGCUCAGACAGCAGCAUCACCAAAGUGUCUUACCAGGUCGUGUCAAUAGGCCAGGUGCUAGAGGCUGGUGUGGCUCGCUUUCCACAAUUUACGCUGACUCCCUCAAGUGCCUGGGGUCCUGUAGUCUUCAUCAUCGUAUAUUAUGGAACAGACGAUGGCUACAUCGUCCAUGAAAGUGUACAGCUGAGGGUGCAGGACUUGGAGAACAAGGUGGAGGUGAAGUGGAGCACAACAACAGCUCAACCUGGGACUAGUGUGAGCCUGCAAGUCACAGCCUCUGACCCCCAGUCAUUUAUUGGUGUCAUUGCGGUUCCAGCAAAUUUAUUUAGAGACUACCCAAGCCAGUUCUCCUCUCUCCUGUAUCAAUAUCAAUACUAUGAUUAUAAUUAUUACUGGUGGUGGACAAGCAACAUAUUUGAGGCUGCUGGGCUGAGCUAUGUGACUAAUGGAAACAUGGACUACUGGAAUAAACCACCUGUAAAUAAUGGAAAAUCAAGGAAAUUGGAAAAUCGCUUACUCAAUGAUGGACUUCUGGAUACCUGGUUUUGGCAGAAUGGUGUCCUCGGGCCAGACAAGACAAUCACAUUCACAGCCACUGCCCCUGAAAUCAACUCCCACUGGAUUGCCGUUGCCUUUUCCAUAUCAAACACAAGUGGAUUAUCGGUGGAUUAUACCAGCACUCCGUUUGAAGUGACCUCACCAUUGCAAGUCACCAUAAAUGUACCCAGCGUUACAUUUCUUGGAGAAGAGUUCAUUGUGGAGGCAACAGUUUUCAACAAGCAGACACAGACAGCUCAGGUCCUUGCAAAACUGAUGGAGAAUGAAAACUUCACGAUUCUGUUCCAAAGCAACGGUCUCUCCCCCAAUGAACGAAGCUUGAAUGUGUCCGGUCAGAAUUCUGCCACUGCCUUCUUCCCGGUUUCUCUGAAUGUUGACGGCAAAGUUUCCUUCGCUGUAGUUGUCUCCUACCAAAAUGUGGAUUACACAGUGGUGGGAUACACAUUGGUCAAGUACCCAGGCUUCCCACAAACGUACUCGGAGAGUGCCCUCCUCAGCCUUUAUGAUAAUACAAAUUUCACAAGAUCAUUUGUGUUCAAUUUCCCACCCAACAUUGUACAAGGAAGCAGUUCAGCCGUCCUUUACAUCUACGGAGACAUCAUUGGGCCCUCCCUCACUGGGCUGGACCAGCUCAUUCAGAUGCCGUACGGCUGCGGGGAGCAGAACAUGAUCAACUUUGCACCGGGAAUCUACAUCCGGAUGUAUCUGGACGUGUCCCACCAGACAACGCCAGAUAUCGCUGUUAAAUCCUUGAAUUACAUGAAUUCAGGCUAUGAACGAGAGCUCACGUACAGGAGAAGUGAUGGCUCCUUCAGUGCAUUUGGAAACUAUGAUCAACAAGGCAGUACAUGGCUGACAGCGUUCGUGCUGAGGACUUUCCUGCAGGCACGGAGUUAUAUCCCUGUGGACAGCAAUGUGAUCGACACUGCUCGCAACUUUCUGCUGAACUCUUUGGCACCAUCUGGUCAGUUCACGGAGCAUGGCUACGUGAUUCACAGGGAGCUGCAGGGCGGCUCUGCCAGCCACAUCAGCCUGACAGCCUACACUCUCCUCGCCUUCCUGGAGGACAGUACGAAUAACAAUGUGAACAUCUCAAGUGCUAUCCACUUCCUGGAGGCGAAUGUGAGUGGUGGCGGCGUGGCAGCCAGCCUGCCCUUGGCCCUCACAGCGUACGCCCUCUCCCUCGCCAACAGCAGCCACGCCGAUACUGCCCUGACCCUACUCAACAGCCGCUCCACUUCAAUAGAGAAUGGGCUGAAGUUCUGGUCAGACUCUGCAUCAAAUCAAGAGUCCUACUACUGGCAGCCGUCGGCCAUCACCAUUGAGACCACAGCAUACGCCCUCCUGGCUCAUCUUCAUCAGAACAAAAUUGCAGAGGCGGUCCCUAUCAUGAAUUGGCUGAGUCAGCAGAGGAACCACCUGGGAGGAUAUGCCUCCACACAGGUAACGAUACUACCUGGGGAACAUUCCUCUACAGAGUUGAUUGAAA